UCAGCCUCUACUACCUUCCCCAGCCUUCUCAGCACCAGGAAACAUGUCUAGCAAAACCACUGUGAGGAGCCAGAACAGCAGCCGCCGUGGCUUCAGUGCCAGCUCAGCCAGAGUCCCUGGGCUCAGCCGCUCCGGCUUCAGCAGUGUCUCUGUGUGCCGCUCCAGGGGCAGUGGCGGCAUUGGGGCAGCGUAUGGAGGAGCUGGCUUUGGCAGCAGGAGCCUCUAUGGCCUGGGAGGUUCCAAGAGGAUCUCCAUCGUAGGGGGCAGCUGUGCCGCUGGUGGAGCAUAUGGCACCAGAGUUGGAGGUGGCUUUAGCUAUGGAGGCGGAGCCUGCAGUGGAUUUGGUUUUGGCGGUGGAGCUGGGUUCGGUGGAGGAGCUGGCUUUGUUGGUGGCUAUGGGGGCGCUGGCUUCCCCGUGUGCCCCCCUGGAGGCAUCCAAGAGGUCACCGUCAACCAGAGUCUUCUCACUCCCCUGAACCUGGAAGUCGACCCCACCAUCCAGCGUGUGAGGACUGAGGAGCGGGAGCAGAUCAAGACCCUCAACAACAAGUUCGCCUCCUUCAUCGACAAGGUGAGGUUCCUGGAGCAACAGAACAAGGUCCUGGACACCAAGUGGGCCCUGCUGCAGGAACAGGGCACCAAGACAGUCAGGAACAAUGUGGAGCCCCUGUAUGAGCAGUACAUCAGCAACCUCAGGAGGAAGCUGGACUUCCAUGUGGGGGAGAGAGGUCGCCUGGACACAGAGCUGAGGAGCAUGCAGGGCACAGUGGAGGACUACAAGAACAAAUAUGAAGAUGAAAUCAACAAGCGCACAGCAGCAGAGAAUGAAUUUGUGACCUUGAAAAAGGACGUGGAUGCUGCUUACAUGAAUAAGACUGAGCUGCAAGCUAGAGCUGACAGCCUUAUCGAUGAGAUCAACUUCCUGAGAGUCUUAUAUGAUGCCGAACUGUCUCAGAUGCAAACCCACAUCUCAGACACUUCUGUGGUCCUGUCCAUGGACAACAACCGUAACCUGGACCUGGACAGCAUCAUUGCUGAGGUCAAAGCCCAAUACGAGGAGAUUGCCCAGAGGAGCCGGGCUGAGGCUGAGUCCUGGUACCAGACCAAGUAUGAGGAGCUGCAAGUCACUGCAGGCAGACAUGGGGAUGACCUGCGCAACACCAAGCAGGAGAUUGCUGAGAUCAACCGCAUGAUCCAGAGACUGAGAUCUGAGAUUGACCAUGUCAAGAAGCAGGUACAGAAGACAGAAUCAGUUCGAGCUCAUUUCUAUGCAUUCGAAGCUUUUGCCUUAUUCUUUGAUGGAAUGAAGGCCCAGUCCACCGUCUCCAGCGGCUAUGGCAGUGGCAGCAACAUGGGCAGUGGCAUGGGCCUGGGAGGAGGCAGUGGCUACUCCUACAGCUCUGGCCACAACCUUGGAGGUGGUUUCAGUUCUGGCAGUGGCAGAGGCAUCAGCCUUGGGGGCGGCCUCAGCUCUGUUGGGGGCAGCUCGUCCUCCAUCAAGUACACCAGCUCCUCCUCCAGCAGGAAGAGCUACAAGCACUGAAGCCCUCUCAGCACCAGGCAGGUGCUUGGUCCCUCUGGCUACCGGGCUUCUUCUCAGGUUCUCAUCGUCCCAUGUCUCUGCUCUGUAGUUAGAACCAAGAGUGAAAAAGCCCCCCUUUUAUCUCUCUGUACCCCUUCCUUGUUAGUUGCUGGCUUUCAGUAUUUUAACCUCUAAUGCAACAUUGUGAUUUACUCACAUAUUGUCUGCAUUGCAUUGCUGAGUUACCAAGGCUUUACCUGCAGUGUAUUACCACUGAAGUUGAAUACUAAGGGAAAAUUGCCUAUAGCACUUUGCCUUGCUGGGACUUACUUCAGAACAGGGCAGCUACCCUUCAUCUCAGUCGGCCAAUAAAUCUUCCAAUCUACAUGUGUUGUGAGACUCUCUUGUAGUAAGUGUAAUAGCAGAAGCCCUUCGGUAUAUGGACCUGUUUCCCUGUGAUAUCUUCCCUGCUUGUCCCUUUCAUACAACUUCUAAAUAAAGCACAUUUUAAUAUAA